ACGCGCGACGCGCUGUCAGUCACAGCCGGCGCGGUCGCCUGACUCGCUAGAAGCCGAGCAGGUGAUUCCAGACCCCUCCGGCUCCGCCUUCCGGAGGGCACCAUGGACGACAAGGAGUUAAUUGAAUACUUUAAGACUCAGAUGAAAGAGGAUCCUGACAUGGCCUCAGCAGUGGCUGCCAUCCGUACUUUGCUGGAGUUCUUGAAGAGAGAUAAAGGGGAGACAAUCCAGGGCCUGAGAGCGAAUCUUACCAAUGCCAUAGAGACACUGUGCAGCGUGGACUCCUCAGUGGCGGUGUCCUCCGGCGGGGAGCUCUUCCUCCGCUUCAUCAGCCUCACCUCCUUGGAGUACUCUGAUUACUCCAAGUGUAAAAAGAUCAUGAUUGAGCGGGGAGAGCUCUUUCUCAGGAGAAUAUCCCUGUCGAGAAAUAAAAUCGCCGAUCUGUGCCAUACAUUCAUCAAAGACGGGGCACGGAUCUUGACUCACGCCUACUCCAGAGUGGUCCUGCGAGUCCUGGAAGCAGCCAUGGCAGCCAAGAAGCGCUUCCACGUAUAUGUCACAGAGUCCCAGCCCGACCUGUCAGGUAAGAAAAUGGCCAAAGCCCUGUGCCACCUCAACGUCCCUGUCACUGUGGUGCUGGAUGCCGCUGUUGGCUACAUCAUGGAGAAAGCAGAUCUGGUCAUCGUGGGCGCGGAGGGUGUGGUGGAGAACGGAGGCAUCAUCAACAAGAUUGGAACCAACCAGAUGGCUGUGUGUGCCAAGGCACAGAACAAGCCCUUCUACGUGGUUGCAGAAAGCUUCAAGUUUGUGCGGCUCUUCCCACUGAACCAGCAGGACGUUCCUGAUAAGUUCAAGUACAAGGCAGACACCCUGAAGUCCUCGCAGACCAGGCAGGACCUCAAGGAGGAGCACCCAUGGGUGGACUACACCUCCCCUUCCUUAAUCACCCUGCUGUUCACAGACCUGGGCGUGCUCACGCCCUCGGCUGUCAGCGAUGAGCUCAUCAAGCUGUACCUCUAGCACAGGCUCCCCACUGCCCACAUCUGAUGGCCACGUCUCCACUGUGAGCCUGGCCCAAACUCAGCUGGUUUAUAAUGCAAAUUUGUGGACAAAGGAUCUAAAUCAAAAACCCUGGAGUGUCUUUUUUUAUUCAUGACUCAGUCCUAUGUAAAAUUUGUUCUAAACCCAAACCUAAAUCUUAGUCUCCACGAACUUGCAGUCAAGUCGGUUUCCAGGAACCCGUUAUAGCCACCUUAGCAACAAAAGCCAGCACCGCCUUCCACCCUGUCUCAUGCACCUGAUUGGCCGAAUGCGUCCACGGAAGCGACGCAGGCUGCAGAUGGCUGUCCCUCUGCCGCAGUGACCAACAGCUGGCCAGGACACUACACACGGUGCCCCAUAAGGAAGGCAGGAGACUCACGGGACUUGCAGCAGGGUCAAGCCAGGCAGUGCCAGCUGUGAGGAAGAGGCCUGCAGGAGCACUCACGGAGACGCCUCCCUUCUGGAGUAUUUGCAAAACCUAAAUUCUGUAUCUGAAAAAGAUGGGAUUUUUCCUUUAACCACGUUUGGGUUCUGAACAGUUUUAAAAUCAGAGUUGGGGAAAAAAAAAAAAAUCAGAGUUGGGAAUGAACCGAACAUCUUUACAAUUUUGAUACAGUGUAGCCUUGAUACUGCCAGCUCAUUCCACGCCUUGGACUUUGGCCUUGGUGAAAACGCUGCCCCUAUGGCUCUGCACCCAGUGCGGUCGACAGGGAGCUGCGUGGUGCCUCCCACAGAAGGCUGAGCAACACCGCCACCUGCUUCUCAGGAUGUCUGGUGGCUUCCUGUUUCUCAGGGACUUGCCAAUCAACAGCACUGGGGACUGUUCUCAAAAGGAAAGCCUGCAGUUCGCCACUUGGCAGGCGCUGUGUGGGGGUCAAGGGUCAGAUGAAGCGGGGACAGGGACCUGAGUCAAGUAUACGUCGACAUCUUUGUGUUAAAAAUCAGUGUAACAAAGGACCCGAGUUCGAUCCCCGGUACCAAAAAAAAAAAAAAAAAAAUCAGUAUAACAUAA